AUGACGACAUUACCAAAUCUUGCCCCCAGCCUGCUCGACUUGCACCAAUAUUCUCUGGAACUGGAAUUACUGAGCGAGCUUCUGCCGUUUCCCGAGGUCGUGGGUCAGUUUCUCGCCUACCUCGAGCUGUCUCUCUUCACGGCCCUACCGGCACCAGCCUACAUUCGACACGUAGUCGAGCUGUACCACGCGCAGGCCUGCCCGCCGGUGUCGUCUGCGCCUUGGACACCAGCCGCCACUCGAUCAGAGACGGACAGUCGACCGUCCCAACUGCCGGCAUCAACCACAACUUGCCUCGGUGCAAACAACACAGCCUCUGCUUCCGCUCCGCCUCGAGCACUCUCGCCAACCGCAGUCGAGCUGGCAGGCCUGGACCGACCGUCUGCGCGGUUCUGCCUCAGCCCGGAGGCGUCUUCGGCUGUUGUCCUCCCGACCGGCUGUCUCGACUCGAGUCGCUAUGACCACCGAAUGGACGAAGAUUCGGCCAGAAGCGUGAAACCGACCGGCGCUUCGGCCGGCUUGUGCUCGACCUGUCCGACAGUCUCGUCCGGUACCAGUCGCCCGGGGGACCCGGAGGGGGUCCCUACAGCCGGGGAAUCUGACGCCUCGUUGGGCAGACUCUCCUCGAGCACAGUUUCGCCGGCACCGAAGCGACCCGUUGACGGCCACUCGGUCGCCACCAACUGGCCGCCGUACGAGGGAUCUGUAUCGCGGGCCAUCCUCUCGACGGCCCACGGUUCCCCCCACUACUACCAUCCACGACAAUACCGAAGAGCCUCUGCCCAACUGCCGAAGUUUCGCUAUGCCGCCGCGUCGGCCGGUGCAUCUGCCGGGGCCUCGGUUUCGGCGGCCGUGGCGACGGCAAUUUCGCUUGUUCCGACGGCCGGUGACUCGUCGCAGGUCGGCGCCUCCACGAGGCUCUACAACAAGGCUUGGAGCUCACUGGCGGCCGCUUGCGCUGGGUCGUUGGUGAACUCGAGCCAGACGACUGGAAUGGCGGCUGGCGUCACGGUCAAGGAUUUGGUGGUGCGUCUCCGAGAGGCAAGUCAAUAA